UGCUUGGAGACGGCAGGUGGCAACACCCCUUCCCAUCAGCUAAUCCUGUUCCUCUGCCCAGGGUCAGAUCCCUCCAAGUAGCCAGUACAGCGGCUUAGGAGCGCCAGGAACUGGGAGGCAGCGUAUUCUGAGAAGGGGCGUCUGGACAAGAGCGCACCAGAAGCCGCGCGCACUCUGCUUCUGACUUGGCCACGCAGAGCUAAGCUCUUGGGCUGCUCUCAGCGCUUUGCCCGCCACAACUGCCUCAGCGGAUCAGCGGACUGUCGAGGUCCUCGGAAGCCAGGCACCAGGGCUGCCAUGAUGAUGCUGGUGACCUCCCUGGCGAAGUCACCCCCAUAUGCCGACGCGAAGACCUAGGCGAGCCAAGGUGCUAGGCACCAGUCUACUUCCAGCCUGCAGAGACUCGUCUCUAUCGCUGCUUUCCAAGGACUUGGAACAGGAGAGGUGGCCAGAAAGCUUGUCGGUUCGCUCUGGUGGCCAAGUUUUGGAGGCUGGCACUCACACACUUCAGAACUGACCACUACCAUCGCCGAGCUGUGCCCAGGGCGCUGACUUGCAACCCUCACCCCUUCCAGCGGGAGAAAUGUGGCAAAAGGGAAGGUGGUGUCCAGAGCUGACAGUCUAACAUUAUAUGGGGGAGGAGGGACGCAAGGGAUUGGGGGACUAAGGUAGCUUCAGUGAAACCCAGUAAGUAAGCCUCUGCCACUGCCGGCGGGAGGCGCAUUUGCCACCUAAUCGGUGGUGGCUACGACUUGACACUCAGACCAGGUCACUCAGUGAAGAGGCUGAGCGCUCAGUCCGCUGCUCCCUGGAACCACUGGAUACCCGGCGGAGCCUCAUUGCCGGGUUCCCCAGACACCAGCCAAGGGAAAGUUCUGGUCGCCCAAGCUACCCUUGCUAUUUGCUGUGCCCCCUUCUGCUCUGGGCUCUGCAAGUGUCAACUUGGGUGCAGAGAGACGUUUGGGUGUCCAGAACUGCACCUUUACUACCCGCCUGGACAUCUCUAUUAACCCCCAGUACCCUCUUUCAUGCAUCCUCCCCCGUCCUUCAUCCCCUCCCCCAAACUAUAGCCUGAGCUCGCUCUUGUGCGCGCGCUCUCUUGGGCCCAAGUGAAUAGUCCUCCUCGCUGGAGCGGGACACGGAGGUGGAUGCAAUUCCCCUCGCCUCUAGCAGCCCGGAACUCCCCGGCGGCGCAGGGAGCACCCUCCUCCGAAGCAGCUGCUCCUGCACCUGGACAGCCUGGACCCUCGUGCCCUGCUCACGGGGCCUCGCGCGGGGGGCGCCCCGGGACUUCCCCUGCGGGCCGGGUGGAGGAGGAAGAGGAGGAGGAAGAAGAAGAGAGCCCGGGCCAGGACCCCGACCCUAUCAGGAACACCUGGCUGCGUUACUGCCACUUCUUUUUAAAGGAGAGGAGAAGAGAGCCAGUGAGAGCCAUGGGGGGCUGCGAAGUCCGGGAAUUUCUUUUGCAAUUUGGUUUCUUCUUGCCCCUGCUGACAGCUUGGACGGGCGACUGCAGUCACGUCUCCAACCAAGUUGUGUUGCUUGAUACAACUACCGUGAUGGGAGAGCUAGGAUGGAAAACAUAUCCAUUAAACGGGUGGGAUGCCAUUACUGAAAUGGAUGAGCACAACAGGCCCAUACAUACAUACCAGGUAUGCAAUGUCAUGGAACCAAACCAAAACAACUGGCUUCGGACUAAUUGGAUCUCUCGUGAUGCUGCACAGAAAAUUUACGUGGAGAUGAAGUUCACACUGAGAGAUUGUAAUAGCAUCCCAUGGGUCCUGGGAACUUGUAAGGAAACAUUCAAUCUGUAUUAUAUAGAAUCGGAUGAGUCCCAUGGGACUAAAUUCAAGCCAAGCCAAUAUAUAAAGAUCGACACAAUUGCUGCUGAUGAGAGCUUUACUCAGAUGGAUUUGGGUGAUCGCAUCCUUAAGCUCAACACUGAAAUUCGUGAGGUGGGGCCCAUAGAAAGGAAAGGAUUUUAUUUGGCUUUUCAAGACAUUGGGGCAUGCAUUGCCCUGGUCUCGGUUCGUGUUUUCUACAAAAAAUGCCCCUUCACUGUGCGGAACUUGGCUAUGUUUCCUGAUACCAUCCCAAGGGUUGAUUCUUCAUCUUUGGUUGAAGUGCGGGGUUCAUGUGUGAAGAGUGCUGAAGAGCGGGAUACUCCUAAACUCUACUGUGGAGCUGAUGGAGAUUGGCUUGUUCCUCUUGGAAGGUGUAUCUGCAGUACAGGGUAUGAAGAAAUUGAGGGAUCCUGCCAUGCUUGCAGACCAGGGUUCUAUAAAGCAUUUGCUGGGAACACAAAGUGUUCCAAAUGCCCUCCACACAGCUCAACCUACGUGGAAGCAACGUCCGUCUGUCAGUGUGAAAAAGGUUAUUUCAGGGCAGAAAAAGACCCACCUUCUAUGGCAUGUACUAGGCCACCCUCAGCUCCUAGAAAUGUGGCUUUUAACAUCAAUGAAACAGCCCUUAUUUUGGAGUGGAGCCCACCUAGUGACACAGGAGGGAGGAAGGAUCUCACAUACAGUGUAAUCUGUAAGAAGUGUGGCUUAGACAACAGCCAGUGUGAAGACUGUGGUGGAGGACUCCGCUUCAUCCCUCGACACACGGGACUCAUCAACAAUUCUGUGAUAGUACUUGACUUUGUGUCUCAUGUCAACUACACCUUCGAAAUAGAAGCCAUGAAUGGAGUUUCUGAGCUGAGCAUUUCUCCCAAGCCGUUCACCGCUAUUACAGUGACCACAGAUCAAGAUGCACCUUCUCUAAUAGGUAUGAUGAGGAAGGACUGGGCAUCCCAAAACAGCCUUGCUCUAUCGUGGCAAGCACCUGCUUUUACCAAUGGAGCUAUUCUGGACUACGAGAUCAAGUACUACGAGAAAGAGAAUGAGCAGCUCACCUAUUCCUCCACGAGGUCCAAGGCCCCCAGUGUCAUCAUCACAGGUCUCAAGCCAUCCACCAAGUACAUAUUUCAUAUCCGAGUGAGGACUGCGGCAGGAUACAGUGGCUACAGUCAGAAGUUUGAAUUUGAAACAGGAGAUGAAACUUCUGACAUGGCAGCAGAACAAGGGCAGAUCCUGGUAAUAGCCACGGCGGCCGUUGGAGGAUUCACGCUCCUAGUCAUCCUCACUCUCUUCUUCCUCAUCACUGGGAGGUGUCAAUGGUACAUAAAGGCUAAAAUGAAAUCAGAAGAGAAGAGAAGAACACAUUUACAGAAUGGCCACCUGCGAUUCCCAGGAAUUAAGACAUACAUUGAUCCAGACACCUAUGAAGACCCAUCCCUAGCAGUCCAUGAAUUUGCAAAAGAGAUUGAUCCUUCAAGAAUUCGCAUUGAGAGAGUUAUUGGAGCAGGUGAAUUUGGGGAAGUCUGCAGUGGGCGUUUGAAGACACCAGGGAAAAGGGAGAUCCCAGUUGCUAUUAAAACACUGAAGGGUGGUCACGUGGAUCGACAAAGAAGAGAUUUUCUGAGAGAAGCGAGCAUCAUGGGGCAGUUUGACCACCCCAACAUCAUUCGCCUAGAAGGUGUUGUCACCAAAAGAUCCUUCCCAGCAAUUGGCAUGGAAGCCUUCUGCCCCAGCUUCCUGAGGGCUGGGUUUCUAAACAGCAUCCAGGCCCCACAGCCAGUGACAGCGGGAGGAUCUCUGCCCCCCAGGAUUCCUGCUGGCCGACCAGUAAUGAUCGUGGUAGAGUAUAUGGAGAAUGGAUCCCUCGACUCCUUUUUGCGGAAACAUGAUGGUCACUUCACUGUCAUCCAGUUGGUCGGCAUGCUGCGGGGCAUCGCAUCAGGCAUGAAGUAUCUUUCUGAUAUGGGAUAUGUUCAUCGAGACCUAGCAGCCAGGAAUAUAUUGGUGAAUAGCAACUUAGUGUGCAAAGUCUCUGAUUUCGGUCUCUCCCGAGUACUGGAGGAUGAUCCGGAAGCGGCUUACACAACAACUGGUGGGAAAAUCCCUAUACGGUGGACGGCCCCAGAAGCUAUUGCCUACAGAAAAUUCUCUUCAGCAAGUGAUGCCUGGAGCUAUGGCAUUGUCAUGUGGGAGGUGAUGUCCUAUGGAGAGAGACCAUAUUGGGAAAUGUCCAACCAGGAUGUUAUUUUGUCCAUUGAAGAAGGUUACAGACUUCCAGCUCCGAUGGGCUGCCCACCGUCUCUGCAUCAGCUCAUGCUCCAUUGCUGGCAGAAAGAAAGAAACCACAGGCCAAAAUUUACUGACAUCGUCGGCUUCCUUGACAAACUGAUCCGCAAUCCCAGUGCCCUUCACACGCUGGUGGAGGACAUUCUUGUAAUGCCAGAAUCCCCUGGCGAUGGUCCUGAAUAUCCAUUGUUCGUCACAGUUGGUGACUGGUUGGAUUCUAUAAAGAUGGGGCAAUACAAGAGUAACUUCAUGGCAGCAGGCUUUACAACGUUUGAUCUGAUCUCAAGAAUGAGCAUCGAUGAUAUUAGACGAAUUGGAGUCAUACUCAUUGGACAUCAGAGACGAAUAGUCAGCAGCAUACAGACUUUACGUUUACAUAUGAUGCACAUACAGGAGAAGGGGUUUCAUGUAUGAAAGUACUAUAAACACCUGUAUUUUGUGCCUCAGCAUUUCUACAAAGAAAAAUAUACCCUCUACAACUCAUUCUUCUGAUUCUCCAGACAUCCCUUCACAACCCACAGUCUCCUGUUCAGACUAUGGCUGCACACCUUACGUUUAUGCUUCCACCCUGGAUUUCAAUAUCCUGCUACACAGGUCCUCUCUGAAUAGCCUGCAAAUGAAACUCUGGCCCACUGCAGAUUAUCACUACAUAAUGAUAAAUAACUCAGCAUGAAUGUGUAACUUUGUAUAGAAGUGUUUGGGAAGUGUUCAUGGACUUAACCUAAAGGAAUGUGUUCAGGUGUGGCAUCUUCAAAGAUGUAUGUAGCGUUUAAUGAUAGAUAAGAAAGAAAUAGUUGACCAUUCUACCAUGUUUUGUGAUCAAGUAGCUUCCAACUUGACAUGCUUCUUUUUUGAUAGUUUCGCUCAACUCUGCGGAGUGUACUAUUGUUUUAUUUUUAAUAACUUAACUGUUGGUGCCUGAUGUUACAACGAUUUGCAGAAAUGAUCAAUGACUCCAUGUAGUGCAUUUGUGUCAGGUGUGAAUACAGUAUGAAGGGCAUUGUUGGGGAGGGAGAUGGACAAAAAUACUGUGCUUUUCAAUAUACUAAGGCUGGGUUUGUCUAUAUUUUUAAAUUAACUUUAUAGGGUUCUACACAUUUCAUAGUAGGUGGUUGUUUAGAGGAUUUUCCCCCUCUAAUUUUUUACUAAUUAUGCUGUAUUUCUCUAGUAUGUUACAAGAAUUACCCUUGGAAAGACCAAGAGUGAGUCCAUUACUCUGAUAGUUUUCAUAGACAGACACAUGGAGUAAACCUAUGGCUGUUGCCUUGAAUUCAUCCUCACGAGUAUGACAAACAAUUAUCAAAGCAUUGAGAAAGUAUAUUGUUCAUAAUGUGACCUUUUUCUUAAAUAAAAGUUCUAACAUAGUAGCCAUAGACUAAAUGGAAAAUGAUUUACUGAAUUUAAGAUAGCUUGCAGUGCCCCGAUGUAAUAAACGCAACUAGUUGAUUGAUAACUGGUGUUCUUCUAACUUUAACAAUUCAAAUAUUUUGUUCACAAAAAUAAGUUAUAUGAACACUCUGAGGUCUUCUCAAAAUCUUUUAAGAAAUUAGCAUGGAUACCAUAAACAUGAUAUAAAUAGAUCUCACAUUUAAGCAUAUAUAUGCACAUAUAUAAUGUGAAAAUUGCAGUCUAUUGUAGUAUAUAAAAAUAACACAUCUGAGAUGUGUUGUCAUAAUCUUCUCUGAGGCUCACAGCAAAAAAAAAAAAAGCAAAUGUAUUUUUCCAGUGAAUUUGUCAGCUUAUCAAAAUAGUGCUCCUUUUAAAACAAACUCAACUAUAAAAUUAUCUGCUCCCAUGAAACCACAAAAAUUACCCUCGUGAUGAGUGAAGAAUAAGCUGGUUAUUGAAGAAAGAAAAAUGCAGAUCAGAUUGUCUAAAGAUGCAGAUAGUGAACUAACUUUUAUUCAAUGUCAGAGACAAAGGCAUCCUCUCCACAUCCCUAAAUCCCUGCUGAAAUUCUACAAGAGGAUAAAAACUGUUUCCACUUAGGGAUCCUCACUUCUUUUCCUUUUAGUUUUGUUUGUAAGAUUUUUGUUAUACAAGAUCCUUCUACAUUUCUUUCGCUGAUUCAUCUUCCUGGUUUUGCUCCUCCUGUUGCAGCUUAAUUUUUCUCAUUUCAACAAAAAAAAAUGUAUAGAGAUAAAAGGGUGUCUUUAGAGUAUUUCUUGACUAAACAGAAAAAGAAAAGAGUGGAAUUCCAUCCCUUUUUAAGUAAGUGUGUCAGAAAUAGCUGGUAAUAUUUUCUAGCCACCUUCAUGCAUGGCCAUGCAUCACUCAUAGACUCUCGGCAAUUUGCUUGAUACAUUUACGCAAAUCUGGAUACAUUUAGGAGAAAUACAAAUUUCCAUAUUUAUCUGUCUUUAAAUAUCUAUUAAAUGAUAACAGAUGAUUAAAUUUAUUAAUCAUAUAUAUUUAUUUUUAUAAAACAGCAAAAAGGUAUUUAGAAAAAUAAGAAAUAGAAUAAUAUGGUCCAUCAUAGGACUCUGUCUACAGCAUCUGUAAGCCUUGAUGAAAUAAAUUCUAUAGAAGUAUUUAAAAUUCUGUGGAAUUUACAUUCAGUAAUGGCAACAUUAAGAAUCUGUUAAUAGUUUUCAUUUAAAAGUGUGAUGAUGUAAUUCUAUUUCUAGUUAAUUUGCAUUUCUACAUAUGUCUUUCCUGAUUUAUUAAAACAUUCUCUUUCUAUUCUCUAAUCCCAUGUCCUCUUCCAAGUUUUGUAAAAUUAUGUUUAUUUACCAAGCUAUGAGCAUGAUAAUGUUAAGUGUAAUAUGAACUUCAUUAUGGACAGAACAAGGCAGAAAUAUGUGCAAAAUUAAACAUAAACAUUAAAAUAUAAGAAUAUUUCUUUGCUGCCUAAUGGUCAUGUACCUUGUGAUCCAAGAGAAAUUAAGAUCUCAGAAUAUAGCUGGGCGGUGGUGAUGCACGCCUUUAAUCCCAGCAUUCAGGAGGCAGAGGCAGGCGAUCUCUGUGAGUUCAAGGUCAGCCUGGUCUACAAGAGCUAGUUCCAGGACUGGCUCCAUAGCUACAGAGAAACCCUGUCACAAACAAACAAACAAACAAACAAACAAAGAUCUCGGGAUGUUAAUGGUUAAAAUAUCAAACGCAGAUGUCAAUAUAACAUGAAACAUUCCGAGAUUUCCCAUUCUGAGGUUUACUUGUGCCUGUGCUCAAUAACUAAAUUUAUUUGAUACAUACAAUCAAAAGAUAAUUGUCCAAAAAUAAGCUAAUGACUUUCAUAAUUAUAGUUAGGAAUUAUCCCUUAUAACUAAAAAUAUGCAUAUACAUUAUGUACUUGCUUUUAAGAAAUCUUAAUCAAUUCUAAUGAGUGAGUUCUUAGAGUUUUGAAAAUCAGACCAUGUAAAUUUUUUUUUAUUCUCUCAAAGUCAACUUCUGGUCUAUAGCCAAAAAUGUAAAACGAAUAUACAAUCAAGAACAAAGAUGGUGUAUUGAAAUCAUUCAGCUAAAAAGUAUCUGAAAUGAUGACAGUGUAACAGGAAGGAAGAAUUAUAGAAAAUUUGCAAGAUUGUUCUACAACUGCUGAUAAGUGUGUUACACAUGCUAUAAUCACAGAUUUAUUAUACUGCGUAUCACUCCCUAAAACCUACCCAGAUGUAAACUGGAUAAGGCAGCCUUCCAGUUACAACUCAAAAGCCUCUCAUAGCCCACAAUAGAAAAAAGCCAAAUUUAAUCUGUGAAAAGUAAAGUUUUAUAAAGUUCUCUAUGGCAGUGAUAGUGAAGAGGAAAAUACAUAUCAUCCAACCUGUGUUCUAAAUGUCUCUUUUGAUAUCUUUCAAUAUUAAAUGUACGCUCUAGGAGAAAAAUCAGUUAACAUUCAUCUCAAGAUUUUUACCAGUAUUGUCUCUUUUUCUAUUCCUUUAUUAAUUUUUUCAGCCCCCAUCCAAUCGCUUUUCUUUCACAGGUUCUAUCAAUGUACUCAUUAUAUCAGUAUAGCAAAACACAGCAAGUCUAAAAAAAAGCCUUGUAAAUUUCCAUGGAAGCAGCUGAAUGGCAGGGUAGGUUGAAAAAAUUAUCUAUUGGGUCUUUGCAUACAAAUGGGAGCCCUUCAAAUUAGAAGGUGUGAGUUCUGACUUUGCCUAACAGAAAAUUAAGCACAAGGGAAAGAAAUUCAAAAUAGAAUAUUGCUUCUGUAGCUUCAGUUAGUUAAGUCUAAUAUUAAAUAAAAAGAAAUUAGUAUUUUAAUAACCCAGUCUUAACUUAGGAAAUCUGUGUCUUUAAACAUAAAAAGGCUUACAGCAGAUGCGUCAGUUGUUACAUUAUGAUCUCCUUAACUUUCAUAACUUGAAUUUCAUGCAGUCAAAUAAACUCAUAUCUAUAAUUAAUCAAACAUAUUUGAUACCUUAUUUAAACAGAAGAGGAGUAGAUUAGGUACAACUGGGGAUGUUCAUUUGUCUUUCAUGUGUUCAAGUCAUACUUUUCCUUUUUAUGAUCAACAUUCCCAACAUCCUUUCUCAUUUUUAUAUUGUUAGGAAAAAAAUAUACAUUUUAUUUACCAUAGUUGAAUAAAACAGUAUGUUUCCUAUACACAUAAUUAUGUUUUCACAAAAAUGAAUUUAAGUACACUGUUGUUGGCCACUCUUAAUCCCUGAGUUUAAAGUUUAGAUUGGAGCCUGGCAGUUUGCUAUAGUGACUCCUUCAUGUGGGAUUAGAUCUUGCUCUAGAAUAAAUCAAAACAAGUAGGAGUUAGUCAAGUGUGAACAUGUUAAUUUCCCAUCAGAAAGAUAAAUUUUGAAACUUGGAAUCUCUUAAAAUUCUUCCCAAAGACCCAUUACUUUUUUGGUAGUGGAAAUCAUGCUUUGUGGGUUCUCUAGGAUCUUACCAUCAGAAGUCAGUCCCUAUAUGAACUUAUUCUUCUGAAAGCCUGUAAAAACAUCAUUUCAUUUCAAACCAAACCUGAAACUAAUCUCAUACCUGAGCUAAUUUUUCUAGUAGAUGUAAUAAUAUGCACUUCAAAGUUUACACAAAAUCCUUUCCAACAGGAUCUGUUAACCAGGGAAAGAAAUGAUUGUCCAUGACUAAAAUGAACAGAGUCAAAGGGAAGAAAAACCUUAUAUUGCAUAAAAAUAAAUGUCCCAUCUUCAUCUUACUGUUUCCAUUAAAAGUCAAGAUUUAGGCAUAUGCUUUAAAGAUUUAUUAGAAAAACAGUAGGGUUUUGUUAUACAAAGAUGUGAAAUGAAACAUAUGUCUCCUGGGAAUAAAGUUGGAAUGGUUUAGAAGACACAGAUCAUCCAGACAUAAUUGAACUAACCUCUUUUACUGACUAGUUGUUAGAUUCAAAUUAUCACUAGAUCAAAUUAUUUUGAGCAUCUUUAUAAUUUGGCUUGACUUAUAUAUAACGAAGCUUGAGUUCUUUAAUCCUGGAUCAAGGGUUUUCUCUUUUGUUGGCAGAUUUCUCUUUUGAAGUCACAGAAUGGAUCUAAAAGUUUAGCUUUUCAAGUUACUGAAUUUUAAAAUAAAACAAGUUAAGAGAGCUUCAUUGUCUAAGGGAGGUAAAGGACUUCUAAAACACUUCAAUUUUUCCAAAAGAAUUUGACAAUUAGAAUAUCUGUACAUCUCAGAGAUGUCAAGUCACUUCCACAUUAUUAUAUUUUACACUAUUCUAAUGAAAGCAAUUUUUAUAAACAAAACGUCCUUUCUUAAAUUGAUAUACUCAUUAGUCGCGCUACUAUUUUUCUUCAAAAGAGAAUCUUUGAUUUGUUUCAUAUUAAGAGAAAUUUUCUCACAUAGCAGAGACAGUGGGAAAAAAGAAAUUUUCAAAGGAUAAUUCCCCUAAUUUAAGAACAAUUAUUUUAUGUUAAGAAUAGCAAAGUCACUAAAGAAUCAUUACCUGUCAAAACAGGAUAAAGGAUAAUGUAAUACAGAGAGUUCUGCAUAUUAGGAAGGUGUACCAUUGAGCCACAUUCAUCCCAAGGGGAAACUGUUUUCAUUUUGUAUUAGCAAAGAAGGUACAGGUUAACUACACAUUUAUCCCACAAAUUGUAAAUUCAACAAGUAUUUAUUCUAUUAAUAAUACUCUUUUAAGUAACACAUCUGUUCUUAACCAUGUUUGUACAUCAUAUUUAUAUCUUCUAUUGGCCUUUAAUUUGUCACAAUAGCAUUUUUAGUUGGUAUGUUAUCAAAUCAAAGAGGAAUUCAAAAUAACUAAAAUGCUAUUUCAGGAUCCAUACUCAGUUGGCUCAGGAUCUUCAAUUCAAUAGCCCUCAUUAAAGGAAGAUCCAAUGCUGUCUCCACAUAGUCCAUGAUUAUAAAGAAAACUCUGGGGACAUAAGAAUUAUUGUUUUCCAUAUAUCCUGUUCAGAUUUUAUAUUUAGUCCUAAUCAUAAUUGUCUACAUGAGGUAAACAUGAACUUGUGUAUGAAGCAAUAUUGAUAUGAACUGUUAUUGUUUGUGUUUUUGUGCUGGUGCUCCAACCCAAGGCAAGCACUCUGCCACUGAGUUACUCCCCCAGCUGACAUCAGAACAUUGCAGUACAGUUUGUUCGUAUCUGUAAUGCCUACAUAAGACAUGCUUCUGUUUUCUCUCUUCUAGAAAGAGCCAAUAGCAUUUGAAGUGUUUGAAAUCAUGGUACAAGUGUGAAAAAAAGCCAGUUCCUAGAAAUAAACUACACUACACAUUUCCAAGGUUUUAUCUGUAAUGCUCUGCAGCUUCUGGAAUGUCACAAAUCUUUUCUACGUUGAGUUAUUCGUAGACUUAGCUGCGUGUGCUUUAGACAGAGCUUGCUUUAACGUAUUUUUCAUUUAAGCCUAUCUUCAUUCAGUCUGAAAGUCUGAAAUACUAUAAUUCUAUUGCCUCAAUUUAACAGGGGAUAAUAUUCUCUCUUUAUAGUUCUGAACUGUAGAUAUUAUUAUCAUAUCCAUGAUGAAAUUUCAGCUGGGCAUGCUUUAUUAGUUAUCAUACAUUUGUUUUCCAUCACUAAAUCUUCUUCAAAUAAGGUCGUUAAAAACUCUAAGAAAAUAAAAGCUAGUAGCCACUCACUCGCUAAAGAAUUUGUAAAUGAAUGAGGUGUUUUUCCAUCAAAGUGGUUGAUGUGAUCACUGUUAAAAUAUAUUAUCUAAAAGAUAUCAUUGUUAUAUAUGCUCAAAGUAUUGUUGAGACAAUGCUGAAUAUUAAGACAAUAAAUGAAUAAUAAGGCUUUUAAAUUUUUUCUGCAUUAUAUGGAAAGCAAAGUUUAAUGUAUAUGAAUGUUUUUCAUGGGAACUUUUAAUUUAAUAUGUUCUCUCUUCCUGUACUAUAGUUGUUCAUCAAGGGAAAUUAUAUUAAUAUAUUGAUACUAUGCAAAUCUCUCAUUUUCUUUAUUUAAAAGCAUGGAGCUUCUGUUCAAUUUCAUGGUUUUUAAUUAGUUCUUUGAGAGUGGAAAAAUUUAAAUAAAACUUGCAAUGGUAGCAUUUUCAGUGAGAGGGGCACACUAUUGGAAUGGUAGUAACAGAAAUGAACAUGAGGAAAGCUUGAUUUUAAAGGUCACUGAAUGUGUUUCAUUUCUGUUAUCAUACUAAUCAUUUCGCUAUUAUGACCCCCCCCCCCCAGAUUGUGACAUUGAAAACCUGUGUGUAGAAUAUAAAUACCUUUGGGAGAUUUUCUUUUCUAUUAACUUGGUUUUCAUUUUGUGUGCAAAGAAAAUAUCAACAGUUUUAAUUUUGUUUUGAAAGGGUAAUUUUCAACUAGCAAUUGUUGCUAAAAUGUUAGCUUUACUUGUAAUAACAGCAUACAUGAAAGGUUUCAAGCAUAUCAAUAAUUAUAACUUUAAUACAGAAUGUUACAUACAAGCAAGCCAAAAGCUAGGAAAAAGAAUAGUUUAUGUUAAAGUGGUUACUUCAUUUAAAAAGAAAACUAUCAGAAAAGAAUCAGUUAACAUUAUGUCAUGUUGUUCUCGCUUGUAACUUUGAAACAAAUGCAUUUUGAGGAUGUGAAUAUUUAAUGUAAAUAACUCUACUCACUUUUGUGAAAAUAUAUAUAUUGACAUUGAACUAGAAAAAAUAUCUUAUGAAAACACCCAAAUUAAACAACUAUUUUUUAAAAAUAUACUAGAAGGCUGUGGUCGUAUUUGAAUGUUCUUCUAUUAAUGCAUUGAUUUCUAAGAAAUGUAAGCAAAAUGUUUUUAAAAUAUUAAUUCAUUAAAUAUGACUGUCAA